UUUUUUACGCCAGUUGCCAAGCGCAAGUCAGCAGUUUACGUCAGGAUCGUGAAGAUGGAAGCUCGGAUUUUACUUCAAAGCGGCUGGUCUGAAGCUCUACGGAAAAAUGAAGGGGAAGCCUGGGUCGCAUGCAAAAUACCAGGCAAACCAACAGUGUACGGUACGCUGACUUCUCAAGGCGUUAGUCAUGACGGCAGCUUAGAAAUCACUGCGUCAGAAGAGUUUCGCGUACUUGGAGUUUCUAAGAGAAGUGUGCACAUUUCCUGUCCCUGCGCAAAUGCAGCUUCAAAAUUCCUCUCCCCAUACACAUGCUUUCCUGGAAUUCAUGAUAACAGUAUAACAUGUAUGGAUAUAUCAUGCGGUGGGGGUCUUGGCCUAUCUACAAGCACAGAUGGCACUAUGAAGAUCUGGAACUGUAAAAAUGGAGAAAGAAGGAGGGAGCUGACGGGCCACGUGUACGAUGUGAACUGCUGCAGGUUCUUCCCCUCGGGCAUGGUGGUUCUGAGUGGCGGGAUGGACACUCUGGUCAAGGUCUGGUCAGCUGAAAAUGGGAGCUGCCCUGUCACAUUUAAAGGACAUAAAGCAGGUAUUCUAGACACAGCUGUUGUGGAGCGAGGUCGGAAUGUGCUCUCCUGCUCUCGGGAUGGCACGGCGCGUCUCUGGGACUGUGGGAAGUCGGUCUGUCUCGCGGUCGUGGCUGACUGCGGGGCUCCCAUUAACGGCUGCAGCAUCGGGGUAGCAGACAACACAAUAAACCAAGGGUCACCAGAGGAGCCAUCAAGCGAUCGAGAGGUAGGAACAGAGGAUAAGUUACUGCUCCUUGCUCGAGAAGACAAGAAGUUACAAGCGGUCGGGCUUCAGAGCAGACAGCCGAUAUUUCUCUUUGAGGGAUCAGAUGCAUUUAAUUGCUGUACAUUCCUUUCAAGUAUAUAUAUACUUGCAGGAACACACGAUGGAAACAUUUACAAGCUUGACACAAGAAAUGCAAAGACACCAGUGCAGACUGUCCACCGCUCUGGUGCCCCAGUUUACUCAUUGAUGCCUUACAGAGAAGGCUUCAUUGUAAGCCAAGGUGAUGGGAGUUGCUACUUAAUUCAGCAGGAUCUUGACCAUGUAAUUGAACUGACAGGGCCUGAGGCUGACCCAGUCUAUAAGGCGGCUGCAUGGGAAAAGUGCAUCUUUACGUGCUGCAGAGAUGGACUUGUCAGGAAGUAUCAGCUGUCUGAUCUGUGACCAUUCCUGGAACGCAGAAACACUUGCACUGAGUUGUGCUCAUCUAGAAGUGUGCAUCUUUGCCCACUAACUGCUUUCAUUACAUUUUCUGCAUGUAGUAAAACGUUAUUGAACAGAACAGAAAAUAUGUAUAGAGGGGUUCUCUGUAAAUAAAAUGUAAUUUUG